AAACGUAUAAAAGGGCUCGAGAAAAGGAAAAAUUAGCAGAAAAACUAUCCGACAUUAAUACUACUUCAGAUGAAGAGGAAAAUAAACGUAAAAGAAAAUUACGUUGUAAGAAAGUAUUAAGUAGUUCUGAAUCUGAAGAUGAUAAUGAUGAUGCUUGUGUUGUUGCAAAGCUGCCAAAGAAAAAUAUAAGUAAAUCUCUACAAUUGACAUAUCCAGAACCGUCAACUUCAAAAUCUCCAUCUAUAUCCAGUAUAAUGAGUAAUACACACGAUAUUGAAAAAGGUAGAUCAGAUUCUGAUAUUGAUAUCGAAGAAGGGAUUGAGUAUAACAAAUCAAGUAAUUCAGAUUAUUCGAAAAAUAUAAGUGACAACAAUAGUGAAAACAGUGUAACAUACAACACAAGUAAAGAGCCUAAAGAGGUAGAGAUCACUAAUCGAGUAAAAAAAUUUGAGGGUUUAUUGAGCAAGAAACAGAACAAUUAUUCUGUGCAAUUGGAAAAUCAGUUUUAUGAUACUGAGAACAAAAUCUUAAAUGAAAAAUUUCCCAUGAAAAGUCUUAAUAAUGUGAAAAGCAUUGAACAACAAUUAAAACAUAACGAGACAUUUAAAAAGCAAGUUAGCUGCCGAGAACAAUUGGCUAUAGCUGAAUUUGCUCGAUCUUUGCUAAUUAUACCAAAAACAUUAGCCGUAAAUGCUGCACAAGAUGCAACUGAUCUUGUCGCUAAGCUUCGACCCUAUCAUAAUUCCAGUAUAACAAAACCAGAUCUUGUUAAUUUAAAAUGGUGA